AUGGGAAACCGGAAGAGAAAGCUCAGUUCUGAUCACUCAGAAGCCCCCGGUGAUAGAGCUCCCGAGGCGAUACCUCAAGUCCACGUCGAUAACCCAAGCACCGACGGCUCCAACGGCAAUGCGACAAAGAAGCGGAAGAGAGUAGAUGGAGAGAAGGUGAAAUACCCAGAUCUUUCCUACUCUGAUGGAAAGUUGCAGUCGUCAAUCCGAAUUUCAGACCUGCAGGGACUACUUCUCUACUGCUUUGCUGACGGAAUUGCACCACAAUGGAUCUCGAUGAAGCAUUCUGGCCAUGUGCGCAAGGUGGUUGUACUGAUGGUACCUGGACUCGAGAUGGGCAUGUUCGAUAAGACCAUUCCUAUUGAACCGACUGAAAACGAAGAGGAGUCGAAAGCCAAGGAAGUGCCACCCACGGAACCACUCCAAGACGAUCGGGCCGUCGAUUUUGAACGAUGGAAACAAGGGCUCCCACAGGAAGACCGUUCGCACCGCUUCAAUCCUCGUCCUCUCGCGCGUGAAACCCUUCCUCAACCCCUUCAACAUUUGGCAGACAUAUUCCCUCACAUUUGGCCCGUUAAGGCGCCAGGUGACAACAAAUAUAACAAGGUCCACUCGCCUUUGCAGGCCAUUUUGCUGUCCGCGGCUCCCAAAUCCAAAAAUGACGAGUCCCGUGGAAAAGGUCCUCGCCCUGCCAAAGUGGAAAAAAACUUUGUUCCCCAGCGGACGCCCAUCAUCAAAUUUGUCACCAGCCGCGAAGAUCUUGAAGACAGCGACUACAUCCUGCAUCCCGCAUUUUUCACAUUGGAGGAGAGGUCUUCCCAAGCUGAGGCCCGUCAACGAGGUGGAACUGCAGCAGAAGAUGGAUGGGUGGAUACUGAAGUGCCAACGCUGGAAUCUGCCGAGGUGCCUGAUGCGGAGAUUGAAAAGGGCAGCAUGACUGCUGGACGGGAUGUUUUCGCCCUUGAUUGUGAAAUGUGCAUUACAGAAGGGGGUCAGUCUGAACUGACGCGGAUCAGCAUGGUUAACUGGGACGGCGAAGUGGUCCUGGACGAGCUCGUCAAACCAGAUCGACCUGUUAUCAACUACCUGACGCGCUUCUCCGGAAUCACACCAGAAAUGCUGGAACCUGUGACAACAACCCUUGCCCAAAUUCAACAGCGACUCCUGGCACUUCUUACACCGCGGGCCAUCCUCGUGGGACACUCUCUUAACUCCGAUCUCACUGCCCUGAAACUGGUUCAUCCCUUCAUCGUCGACACCAGCAUCAUCUACCCACACCCACGCGGUCCACCUUUGAAGUGCAGUCUGAAAUGGCUGACCCAGAAGUACAUGAACAAGCAGAUCCAAAAUGGGAUGGCCGGUCACGACUCUAUUGAAGAUGCCCGUGCUGUUCUGGAGCUGGUUAAGUUGAAGUGCGAGAAAGGCGAACGCUGGGGCACCAGUGAUUCCUCCAACGAAAGCAUCUUCCGUCGUCUUGCACGCUCUGUUCGCCCAGCCUAUGUUCCUCGUCCAGGCGAAGAACGAACCGGCGCUGUGGUCGAUUGGGGAAAUCCUGAACGUGGGUUUGGCUCACAAGCAACGGUUUGCAUUGGAUGCCGAGAUGAUGAUGAGGUGGUGAAUGGUGUCUCCGCGGUGAUCAAUGGCGACGAGUCAAAUGUUUCCAUUCCUGGCGGUGGUGUAGACUUCGCUUGGGCUCGUAUCCGCGAGCUCGAGUACCUCCGUGGCUGGUGCAAUCGCAUGCCUGACCCGAAGAACGCCAAUGAGUCUACGGGUCUUAUUCCUCCGCCAGAAGAAACCACACCUAUGACGGGCACUGGCACCGAGGUAGCAGACCUCCCACAGCCUGACGUUCUGGCUCAGACGGUUUCAAAAACCGUAUCCCACAUCUCGCGCAUCUACGACUCACUUCCCCCGUGUACACUCUUCGUGGUUUAUUCUGGAACUGGAGACCCACGUGAAGUGAGCCGGUUACAGAACAUUCACAAGCAACAUCGGGAGGAGUUCAAAUCCGGCAAGCCAUGGGACUCUCUGACUUACAAAUGGACCGACACCGAGGAGCAAUUGCUGAAGAAAGCGUGCGAACGUGCGCGUGAGGGCUGUGGCUUCAUGUGUGUGAAAUGA